AUGCCCAUCUUCCGCAGUCUCACCACCAGACUCAAGACGUCGCUCUCGGCCUCGUCAACACCAGACUCGACGCCCGAAGGCUCGCCCGUGUCGCCGUCAUCAUUUGAGCGCGUGACAGGCCGCAAGGAAAGCAGCAGCAGCAGCAGCAGUAGCAGUAGCGGUACUGGCAGCAGAAGCAGCGUCAGUGCAGCUUCUAGCGCGCUUCGAUCGGCGUCCGUGUCGUCGGCGUCGGCUGCGCGACCCGCGGGCCAGGACCGACUCGACUCCUUCAUGACUCAGGCCAGUCACGGGAGCAAUGUCAGCUUCGACGACAAGAAGCAGAGGCGCACCAGUCGGUUUCGCGAGGAACUAGAUUUCGAGGCUGAUGAGUAG